AUGUGCUACAAUUUCGUGUUGGUUUUCGUGCUGGUACAGCCGUCGCUGCUGACAACCUGCCCGUACACGAGGCACUGCCCACCGGGGCAGCAAGUGAAGCACGUGCUGGAUCCCGGGGAUCCAGCACUCGCAAACGGAUGCGGGCCUGGGCCCUACGACCUCAGUACGAGGUUCGUACCGGUCCAGGCCGCCUGUAUAAAGCACGACAAAUGCUACAGCGACUCCCGGUUUGCAAUGGAGCGCUGCGACGCGCGCUUCUGGGCCCGCCUGAACGAGACGUGCGCUGCACGUUCUCUAAGCGGGCCCAGGAGCAAAACACCCAUUGUGUACCGGGCCUGCCCAUACGAGAGGCCAUGCCCUGCGGGGCAGCGAGUCGUGCCGGUGCUGGAUCCGGAGGAUCCGGCACUGGCCAACGGGUGUGGCCCGACCCGGUACGACCUCAGUACGAGGUUCGUACCGGUCAAGGCCGCGUGUAACGAGCACGACCAGUGCUAUAGAUACCCCCGGUAUACAAUGGAAGACUGCGACGAGAACUUCUGGGCCCGCAUGAACGAGACGUGCGCCGCCGCUUAUUGGUCGGGCACCUGCGCUGUGAAAGCAGCGUGGAUGUACCGGGCCGUGCGCGAUCUCGGGUGCUACUUCUAUCGGCAGGCCCAGAGCGCCAACACAAAAUGCUCAAUGUUUCUGAUCGGUUUCGGUGGAUUCAAUGAAGAGGGAAACGACAAGGAUUUCGGGUCGAACGAUGCCACCUCAGGCUCCGGAGAUGAAGUGGACUCAGAUUUCGACAUUGACGAGAAUGACGAGGUCGUCAGCGAUCAGGAAGAUGGACGAAGACCGAGGAAGCGGAGAGCCGUAUCUACGGAACCCUACAAAGAGCCUAGAGCGAGCCGACCCCCGACGGGCGAACCACGAGUAACGAGUCCCCGUCGCAGCAUCGACGAUGAGCUCAUGCAUACUUCUACUCCCGAGUCCUUGGGGGAAAGGAAAUCCAAGCGAAAAUCGACGCAAGCCAAAAGCCAAGCUGUCGAGGCCCGACGGAGACAAGAGGCCGAAUCAGCGAAGAAUAGGCGUCGGAUCAAGAGGGAAGAAGAAAGAGAAAUUACGCGGGAAGAGGUGCUCGGGAAGGAAGCGAAACAGACAGAAAUUGAGAAUAUCAAAUCAUUGGAAAGGUACCAGCAGCUGGAGAUUGAGAAGAAGAAAACGAUGCGCGCUAAACAAGUCAUGAGAGGUCCAAUGAUACGCUUCCAAUCAAUAGCGAUGCCGCGCAUCGAAGAAGUGAGCCCGUCGGAGGGCGAGGAGGUCUUAUCUCUGGACGGAAAACUAGAAGGGAAAAUGAACGUUUUGGAAACCGGCCGCUGCAUGCGGAACUUCAUCACCUUCCCAGAUGAAUCGAUCCUCAAAAAGAUCUUCCCUCAACACAAACCUCGCCCGGCGACGAAGAACUUCUGUCCGAUCUCACGUCAACCCGCCAGAUACUUCGAUCCCGUGACUCACAUCGCUUACGCUAAUUUCCAAGGAUAUCGCGUGCUUCGUGAAGCCUAUUACAACCAACUCGACAGUAAAGGUGACACGAGACAACCGGAAGUCACCGCGUGGAUCGAAUGGAGACGCAAAACGAAGGCAGCAAGCCAGCAGCAGGCGGCUGCUCUACGACAGAAACAGGCAGCUGCGGCCCAGGCCGCGGCCUUGGCACAACAGCAGGUGGCGAAGCAGACCGCUCAACAGCUGCAGAAGGUGAAAACCGUCGCGCAGACAUCGAAGCCCACCGCGACAUCUAUUAGAACGGCGUCAGGACUGAAGCCAGCUGCGAUAGCGACCAUGAAGCCUGUGGCGACGAUGAACUUCCGUCCGAUCUCACGUCAAUACGCCAGAUACUUCGAUCCCGUGACUCACAUCGCUUACGCUAAUUUCCAAAAAUAUCGCGUGCUUCGUGAAGCCUAUUACAACCAACUCGACAGUAAAGGUGACACGAGACAACCGGAAGUCACCGCGUGGAUCGAAUGGAGACGCAAAACGAAGGCAGCAAGCCAGCAGCAGGCGGCUGCUCUACGACAGAAACAGGCAGCUGCGGCCCAGGCCGCGGCCUUGGCACAACAGCAGAUGGCGAAGCAGACCGCUCAACAGCUGCAGAAGGUGAAAACCGUCGCGCAGACAUCGAAGCCCACCGACGGGUGGUCGAGUGGUUAG